UGGGACUUUUCUUCAUAUAGCCAAAAACACCGACACUAUUCCCCCGAUAACAAUAGUCCACCGGUCCCCCACACUUCCCUCAUCUAUCUACCGACUCCACCGCCUCUUUACUUCACAUAUUCAAUCUCCUCCGCUUCUUCGAGAAAUCCACCACCGCCUCUCCCUCUAGCUCACUUCCUCUACCUCAAUUGAAACAAACAACUGGGUAUUUCCUCAUCGACUCUCCUUUCUUCAUUCAACAGCGUCAGAAUCACGGGGAGAAGAAGACGGCGGACCCGCCAGGGCCAUGGCCAUAAGUCGGUUUCAAUGUGGAGGUGUGGCUUCUUUUGCGUUGUCUCAUGGUCAAAACGAAAGGUUGGAUUUAUUGAAGAAACUAUCGUCUUGCCAAGAAACCCAACGCCUAACUCGGUUAAUGUUUCUAAUAUAGGAAUGAUGGGGAGGAGUGAGGUCAUGUGGGGAAUACGGAGGGGCUGUAUCUGGAUUCUAGAACGACCCAUAUACACAGAAAAACAACAAAAGUUAAGCUCUAUCAGACCACCAACUUUCUACAAUCAGAGACAAAUACCAGGUCAUCUACUUCAUUCAAGCACCAACUUUCUGUCUCUGCUCUCCAUCUAUUACAGCUGCUUUAGCUUGAGUGGAUUUUACGUUACAAAUAGGGUGAUAUAUGCAGUGUGCAAUGGACACAAACUGUCAGGCAAGUGGUAGUAAUGAAAAUGAUCUCCACCUUUACGAUGCUACCAACAAAAGUCAUGUUGAGUAUGCCCAACCUGUAUAUGUAUUUGGAUCCAUAUUACCAUAGGAGGCGUCAGGUAUGAAAAGAAGAAGAUCGAAUGAAUUUCAUUUACAGCAGAGCUUCUUUGAAGAUUAUAGCACAAAUGUUUUCUUAGUUCAAUUGCAUCUACUUUGCAUCUAAACUGCUAACAACUGAAUUUCUACACGAAUUUUGGCUUUAUUGUGGGGAGCAAGAGGAUGAGUUCUCUAGCUUUUCAGCCUGCAUAGAAAGGGUAUUAAAACAUUGCAGGACGAGAAUGCCCUUGGUGUAUGUAUCAGAUGUGGUGGAGAAAUCAGUAGAAGUUAUAGCCACUGAGAAAUUGGCUAAAGAUCUUGAAAGUUCAUCUCCAUUUGCAAUCAUGGAUCAAGCCAUAUGUUGGGCUAAUUGGCAGAAAUUAUAUUUGUAUAUUUGUAGAUUUCUCACUUGGGUCGUAAGUGGUAUGGACUAUACUUGGCUCUUUAUCAUCAGAAAGAUAGUUAUAUGAUUUUUUAGUAAACGGCAAAGAAGCAUGAUCAUUCUAUGUAAAGAAGCUUAAAGGAAUAAUACAUGUUUAAGUACUAUUUUGUGCCAUAAAUGUAGCUCAUCAGGUGCUCUGGAAACCAAAACUAAAGGAUUAGUUGUCUUAAG